CCUCUUCUCUCUCUCUCUCUACAAUUACCCUUUUCUCUCUCUAAAUUUCACCUCUCCUGUGUAUAAAAGGGUUUCAUUUGAGCUCUUUAGGCCUCUGUUUCAUUAAAAAUUAGAGCUUUUUUCUGAGGAGUUGCAAGUUGUGAGCUUUCUCAUCAAUGGGUGGUUCAGGAAAAUGGGUAAAAGCAUUGAUAGGUCUCAAGAAGCCAGAGAAAGACGACCAAGAAAAGGGUCGAAGUAAGGGCAAGAAAUGGAAGCUAUGGAGGAAUUCAUCAGGGGAUCUUGGGUCCUCAUGGAAGGGUUUCAGAGGGAACCAUCACAGAGGUACUGCAUCAGAGGGGUCUGAUUGUUCAUCAGUGAUGACUAAUGAUGCUUUUACAGCUGCUGUAGCUACUGUGGUCCGAGCUCACCCUAAAGAUUUCAGGGUUGUGAGACAAGAAUGGGCCGCAAUCCGGAUCCAAACUGCUUUCCGUGGCUUCUUGGCAAGAAGAGCUUUAAGGGCCUUGAAAGGAGUGGUGAGGCUUCAAGCUUUGGUUCGGGGUCGGCAGGUGAGGAAACAGGCUGCUGUGACUCUGAGAUGCAUGCAGGCUCUUGUUCGAGUGCAAGCCCGGGUUAGAGCUCGUCGUGUUCGUAUGUCUAUGGAGGGUCAGAUUGUACAGAAGAUGCUAGAUGAACGGCGCAGCAUGGCUGAUCUCUUGAAACAAGCUGAAGAAGGGUGGUGUGAUAGUCAAGGGACACUAGAAGAGAUUACUGCAAAGCUACAAAUGAGGCAAGAAGGGGCUUUCAAGAGAGAAAGAGCACUUGC